UAACAACGCUGUAUUUAAAUGACCAUCACGUGACGUAUUUCCGUCUGCUGUUUCCGUCCUUGCCUGUCGCUGGUUAUCUAGCUUUGCCACUACCGCUUGCGGGUACUUUUUCUGCUUGUACAAGAAUGGGCGAAGACAUGGCUACUCACAUGAGUGUGGUGGCGCUGAACUUCCGCGACGACGUGCGCACCAUCGACCGCUGCGGACCGUCCCUGGAGCGGAGCGUCAAGGCGCGCCUGGUGCUCGACGGCCGCGAUCCGCCGCAGUACCGCACCAGCGUCGAGCUCCGACCCCGGCUCGUGGAGGCCGAGUACGGCGUCACGCUGGUGCUCGACGCGCCCUCCAUGGAGCCGACGGCGUACCGCGAGCACGUGAUCGUGCUGCCGCGCACGGUGGCCGUGCGCCAGGGCGAGUCGGUCUUCUGCUUUCCGCCGGCGCCGCCGCGCACCGUCUACAAGAGCACGCUGGUGUACGACACGCGGAGCGCCGACCUGUGGUACACGAGCGCCGUCGACGUGGCCGUGGUCGGCACCCUGGCCGUGCCCGUGGAGGAGGACGCCGAGGACGACGUCGACGACGCCGUCGACGAUGCUGAUGCUGCAGCAGGCAAAGGCGACGGAUGCUUCGACACCCUGAACGGCGGGUGCGUCGACACCGACGACGAAGAUUCCUCUUCGAGGCUGUGAUCUUGCCCCGGAGCGUCCUUGAUUAUAACCGGACGGAGGACGUUCGAAGAAUGGGAAACGAAGGGGUCCGUGCAGCGAAAAAUGUCUGCACGGAAAAGCGCACGUGGUUGGGUGGUCGAACUCGGUCAUAACGAAAAGGCUUAUGCGCUUAAGAUAACUAGUUCGAUACAUCAAUACAUCAGGUAAUUUGAUAUACCCAAAGUCACCUUUAACAAACUAACGUUUGUGAUGCGCUCGUUAUAUGACGAUUUGUUGUAUUCAGUGAAGAAGCCAGAAAGGAAACCAGCACAUUGAAAACGAAACUAUGCAUAUAUUGGACAAUAUAUUUUUGUCUACGCUCUAAAGUGUUACUCAGCGUCAUUAAGAAUGGCGUCCACGAUACGCGAAGUUGUGUAGAUCUGCUCAUUGCAAAAGUGCGUCGUGAGGCGUCGGCUGAGGGCGGCCCCUGUAACCUGGCCAACAUUAGUAUAGAACCAAAAUAGUAAACGUUGCACUAUGGUAGCGAACGUACGCUCCGAAUUCGAUAUGUCCAACGUCCUAUUCUCUACGAGGGAGUUAUCUGACAUGAGCAUCGGCGAUUAAAAUUGGUUCGUUCAAUAAGAAGAAUAGCUCGCUCCGUUCGGGUUCGUUAUAUUCGUGUUCGACUGAAGGCAAAGCUGCCGGAGACGCGCUGGAAAGACGGCUGCUCCGGUUGUUGAAAAGCUGUUGAUACGAUUCUUCGUAUACGACGAGGCGAAUAUCGAGUCGUGUCUUUUUUUUCCUUCUUCUUCUUUUCUUUUUACGCGCACGCUGGCGUUCCGCGUGAGACCCGUGGUAUACAUUUACAGCACGACGUCCGAUACGAUGAGCGGCGAGCCGUAAAGACGGCUACUCUGACUGUUAGAACCAGUUAAAUGCUAGUUAGAUAUAGUUGUAUACGAGCAGCCGGGCGACGGAUCGCACGUGAAAUCGCGCACUCCGUGUCAGUGACCUCCGUAGUCUUUUCUGCUUCGCUAUCAGCCUUUUUGACCAGUAACCCUUGACAGCAAGAAAUUUUGAGAACUGCCAGCAAUUAUUACCUUUGUUCCUUGUAGAGAACUCGUCAAUUAAGUCUCGCUUACUAUGCGCACAAGCGACGCGCCCAUGGAUGUUGCUCGUGGGUUAGAGGGCCACAUUUUCCAUGAUGUCGCGCUCUGCAGUAUAUUGUCUAUAUCAAUUUCGCUUCGUGGGCUCCACCGUGUUAUAACGAGAGCGGAAGCAGUGCAGUCACUUGCGCCAUGCAAACGCAAUCUUUAAAAACUCAGAGUCUUUUUUCCACAAAAUUUCGCCGUUUGCGUGUUGGCCGUAACGUUGUUCUUAUGUAGGUCAGUACAGCGAGAAAGAUUCCUUGUUCACAUACCAAGCUACCGGCGCCCCCAUGCAGUGCUCCUCCAAAAUCGCUUGGCGUGCUUAGUUCAUUUUUCUUGCCCCUAUACACCACUGCAGUCUGACAUAAACUAAAUACGUACUCUAUCAGCUCAAUGUUGCGCAGACACGCUUGUAUACCCCGCCGUAUACGCAUAUCGUUUGCUAAAAUGACAUUUCGGUGUUUCACCUGCCAGAACCAUCACAUUUGUUCUAGUCUCAAGUAUAUGUCGGUUAAUACUCGUAACGUAGCGACUCGACGCAUUGAACAGGCAACGAUAGCGCGGAUUGUUGAGACCGCUUCUUGCAUUGGCAGCGCAAAUCCGAGAGCCAUUUUGCUGCUUGUCGUUUUUUGUUCCGCGCUUCGUGGAGAGCGCCCCUGAACACUGCCGUGCACAAAGAGCUUGAUCAUGCCAAUAAUCAAGAACAUAUCAGUGUGCAAGAAUAUGUGGCUCGAGCACGACGUUUGCGAUUGCGUCACCAGGUCUGCAAAACGUUCGUCUCGCUGUGACGUUUUACAUAAACAGAGAACGGAAACGAAAGAGCGCAGCUAUAUCACGAGCGACAUGAUCACAACAAAUCUGCGCCAUCUAUAGGUCAUUCCGCGGUCGUUAAAAAAAUUGUAUUUGCCGUGAAUCAGGCGAACGCCACUUAUAGUCGGAUCACGGUCAAGCGCACUUGAGGCUUUAUCGAAAGAAGUUCAUUAUGAAGAAAAAAAAACAGUUUGUAACUUUAGCCUGAAUCUACUUGCGAGGUAUAUGCGAAGCAUUGGAGAAGUUGGGAAAUAUUCAAACGCGCAACUUGAGCGCCUUGUUCUAGGAAACUAUAGGGUCAAGAAGACACGUUUAACUCGGAUCGUGUCCUUAUGCUGGCCGCGUUCGAUUUGUGUUAGUUUCCCUUUCGCUUUCCAUCGUGUGCCAAAUCGGCCGCCAACGCGCAGUCUGCUGUGUGUUAGUUCAUUAUUCAAGGAAUUACGGGAACUUAGCCGUGCAUAUAUUUUUCGCAAGAACUUUGGGGAAGGCAUCGUAUAGGACUAGACAAGCACAAAGUACAAAGGUAUACGGCCUACUGUUAAAGGUAACCGCUAAUUGGAACUGAGCAGGGUGUAACGUAUGCGUUGAUGGUGUAACUUAUGGGGGAAAAAGUGGGCUGGUGAUGUGAAGAGCUUGACAAUCAUCCUUUGGCGAAUGAUUAUUUUGAAGGCGUAUCUUGCAGACCAUUCUGCACCAAGUAGCACACGGCGCUGCCUCGUCUUCCGUACUUUGUGCUUGUACAAUUUACGAUACGAUGCUCACACUGGAUUUCAAUCGACUUGCCUAGCAACAGGUACUUUUACCUGAACUUAGAUGAAACAUUCCACAUCUCGCUUGUUGCGGGUAUACCAUGGGUUGCUAGUGUGCAGUCAUGUUUGUUACAAUAAGUUUCGAUGGCUAUAUAGUACACGUCGCAUAAUUCACGUAGAAGACCUUUGUGUUCAGAGUGGUUCAUUGUAUCGUUUCGCAGAGCUUUAGUUUCGUUUCACUUUGUGCACUUGUACUGCCCCACAGGGUAUACACUCCACAUAGACAUAAGCGGGGUUAUGUUGGGUAUUGCACGUGUUGAAAAAUCACUCGUAUGAUCGCGCGAACUUUACACGCACGGCACAUUCCACGAAGUGCUUGUUUGAUGAAGGCGUACGUGUAUACGGUUACCUGCACAUUAACGUUUCUUAUGAAAGUAUUUUAUUUGUAUCAUGCGUUUUCUUUGUUUGAUUUCUUCUUUUCUUUUGUGCCUAUGAAGUUUUGUUGCAAAGUUAUAUCCUAUUAAUUUGUUCGUUUUUAUUAUAUUUUUUCAAGCUUGUACGACAACCGGGGUGUAAUUGUUCCAGCUAGAGACUUUAGCUGGACAUUUGCGAAUGAUCAAAGGGACCAAUAAAGACGCUUUCACUAUUUUUCA